GUACAAGUCUAUAUAUAUGACUUAUCAUUCGGCCUUGCAAACCAAAUGUCGCUGGCUAUGUUAGGUCGGCACAUUGAAGGCAUAUGGCAUACAAGUAUUGUCCAUUUUGGCCGCGAAUACUUCUUUAGUAGCCGUGGCAUCGAAAACUGUGCUCCGGGUAUGACAGCUAUAGGUCAGCCGCUUCGCAAACACGAUUUGGGUGAAUCUCAGCUUGAUGCCGACAUCUUCAUGGAAUAUUUAACCACAAUUGGCAAUGAAAGGUUUAGGCUUGGUACAUAUGAUCUUUUCAAUCACAAUUGUAACACGUUCACUAACGAAGUUGGUCAAUUUUUGACCGGAAAUUCUAUUCCAUCAUACAUCACCAAUCUACCUAGUGAAGUUUUAUCCACACCCUUUGGUGGUAUGAUACGACAAUUUAUGAGCUCUAUGAAUGAUGGACCGGGUGGUGGAGUACCGAUUAGUUCGCCC